UUCUAGUGAAACACUGCAGCAUUUUGUGCUCAGACAAUCAUUCAUUCGGAUACUGAGAGAAUUUACAAUUGCCUGUCCGAGAAGAAAUUAAGCGUUGCUUUGAAACACUGCAGUAUUUUGUGCUCAGACAAUCAUUCAUUUGGAUAUUGAGAGAAUUUACAAUUGCCUGUCCGAGAAGAACUUAAGGAUUGCUCGUAAUUUAUGAAAAGAUGGGUUACGGGAUGAACACAACUGAAAAUCUGUUCAGUACAUUCAGUGACUACAAUUACGACUAUGGAGAUCUGUUUCGUCCAUGUGAUACGAAAUCUGCAAAUACUUUUCGUGCAACUUUCCUACCAGUCCUGUACUCCCUUGUGUUUGUGUUUGGUCUAUUUGGGAAUGCACUUGUGUUGUGGGCUCUUAUGAAGCACAAACGUUUGAAGAAUAUGACAGACAUUUAUCUUUUCAAUUUGUCAUUGAGUGACUUGCUGUUUGUUACCACACUUCCUUUCUGGGCAUAUUCUGCGACAAAUGAAUGGAUUUUUGGAGAUUUCUUUUGCAAGGUUGUUUCUGCUGCUUAUGAGGUUGGCUACUUUGGUGGCACAAUGUUCAUAAUCCUGAUAACUAUAGACCGCUACCUUGCGAUUGUUCACGUUACUUUCUCAGUCAGGACUAGGACUGCUCGAAAUGGGAUCAUUUCGAGUGUAGUGAUGUGGUGUGUAGCUUUGUUUGCCUCUCUUCCCACAAUGAUAUUCAACAAAAUCGAAAUAGUUCACGAUAGAUUUGUUUGCCAUACUUUCUUUCCACAGAACAGCUUUGCAAAUUGGAAACUCUUUAUCCUUUACAAAUCCAUUCUCUUGGGUUUUUUUGUUCCAUUGUCUAUCAUGGUUUUCUGUUAUAUAAGAAUUAUCCAAACCUUGCGAAAAACAAAAAACUAUAAAAAGCACAGGGCUAUUAAACUAAUAUUUACAGUUGUCAUAGUGUUUUUUAUAUUUUGGACACCGUACAAUGUUGUGAUAUUGCUGGAGUCAUUGAGAGAACAGAAUGUUUUACCUGGUUGUGAGUUUCAAAAGCAGCUGAUGUUUGCCCAGCAAGUAACUGAAUGCAUCACAUUUAUACACUGCUGCCUGAACCCUAUCAUUUAUGCAUUUCUGGGAGAAAGAUUUCGAAUGUAUCUCCAUCGACUUUUUCACAGCUGCUUACCUUCAUCAAUUAGAUAUAAAACAGCUUUUCCUUUCAGCAAUUUUACUUCUUCAAAUCGUUCACAGUCCUCUGGUGAUCAUGAUUCAUCUACUUUUAUCUAGCUCGGUUUUCAAAUGUUUUGGUAAUACGUGGAAAUGCCUGUGAAUAGAUGUGUACAGAUACCCUGUUAUCUUGUUUAUUCAAAACUUUUGCUGCUGUCCGACUUUGUCUAAG